AUGCAGAUUUAUCAGCGUGUAUUUUUGGAAGUUUUCAUCACUCAGCUUGUAGUAGACAGUGAGAAGUAUGAUGCUUUCGUCAAAUACAAUUUUAAAAUAUUUCUGACAACCAGCAUCGAGUCGCACGUACCCUUUAUCUACUCAUUCUUCAUGGCCAGCGAGCACCCAGAGGCUAUUAUUCCCCCGCACGAACAACGUCGCAUGCUCAAUGCAGACAACACUCGAUGGUUGCCAGAACAAAAUGCCCAGCGCCAAAGGAAGGUUGUCGCCCUAAUUUCUAACGGAAAGGCCAAAAAUAAACGGAUGGACUAUGUUGAUGAACUCGCAAAGUACAUUGACGUAUGCGCAUGCCAAUCACUUUUACUGAAAAGUCACUAUAAGGCUUAUUUGCGGUGGCAAGGUCUUUGA